GAGUUGCGACCGGCGCAUGCGCACUAGAGUAUUUAGUAAAAAUUGUGAAGGUUAACAGAAUUUUACAGACACAUGGGGAGCAGAAGUGAAUUUCUCUAAACUGGAAGCAUCUGAGAGAUUUCCCUGUUCUGGAGGUUCAACCAGUGGCCUCAGAAGUGCUUCAUCUUUCUCCUCACCGACCUGCGGGACCAGGCAUGGCUGGGUUGUCUAGCUAUGCCAUGCGCAUGGCCCGGCUCAGCUCCAGGAUCUUUGGAGAAGUUGUACGUCCGACAGAUUCCAAAUCCAUGAAGGUGGUCCAGCUGUUCCAACAGCUCCCCAUGGCCAGGAGGAAGGAAGUGUUCGACUGGUACCCUCAGCAUAAGAUUUACUACGCCAUGACCCAGAAGCUCCGUUUCAUGGGCCUGUUCAGAGACGAACACGAGGACUUCAAGGAGGAGAUGCGUCGUCUGAAGAAACUGAGAGGAAAGGGGACACCAAAAAAGGGAGAAGGGAAAAGAGCGGGCAAGAAGAAGUGAAGUUUUUUUUCUCCUCCACGCUCCUCUGGACUGGUGCAUCUGUUGCAGGGGCUGGUCCACAUGGUGUCUCUGUAGGCCUGGCGAAGCCUUCAGGUUUCAGAUGCCUUCUAGCAGCUAGAAUAAACAAUUUACAUUAGCUCUACGGAAUCAUCAUGUUCUACUAAACACUGUGCUGUAUUCAUGUCCAGAUGUUAAUGAACCUGUAUCAGCUGGAGUUGGCACCACUGCAGAUGGGAUGGUUGAAAAUGAUGUACUUGGACAAGCAUUUCAUAAUAAAGUCUGAGUGCUGCGUUGGAAA